CAUAAAAAAAAAUGUGUACCUACGUAGGUACCUACUUAUGGAGAAGUCACGAAGUGAUCGUUGAAAUGUGUUUACGAAGAUACUAAACGUGUUAAAACUGUUAAAGGAUAGUUAAUGUAACUCAAAAUGGACCCAUUCAUCUUAGCUGCUAUAAUAAGUGGAAUAGUCAUCAUCAUACUAUCUAUAGCGUUCCUCCGUGUGUCACAAGUUAAACCUCAAGCUGCUGCCAGACCAAGGGCUGUUGUCCAAAGGGAUGGAGGACCCGGUCGAGUACAAGCUGUUAGGAAUCAAAGGGCGCGGAUGAGAGCGAAUGCUGCUCGGCACCAAGCUGCCUUAGAAGAAGAACCAGAAAUACAAGAAGAAGCUGAUGAGGGUGCGCCUGAUAUUGACCAGAAAAUUGACUUUGAUGACAAAAUGGGAGCUAAGAAAAGAGCUAAAAUGGAAGCUAAAUUAGAAAAGAAGAAAGCCCGCGAAGCUGAGGAUCACCUGAGGGAAAUAAAAAAAAAGAAAGAGGAAGAACAAGAACAAGAACGCAAGAAGAUUGAAGAGAAACAAGAGGAAGAAGAACGUAAACGUGAAGAAGCAGAAAAGAAAGCCGAGGAUGAACGUAAGAAACGUGAGCAAGAGGAAUAUGAAGCAAUGAAGGCGGCGUUUAGUAUUGAAGGAGAAGGCUUUGAUGAGAAUGAAGAAGAGGACCGGGAAAGUUUGUUGCGUGACUUCAUUGGUUAUAUAAAGACCCAGAAAGUAGUUUUACUGGAAGAUUUAGCAGCUCAUUUUAAGCUGAAAACUCAAGCCGCAAUUGACAGGAUCACAGAACUGCAAGCUUCAGGUGAACUAACUGGUGUCAUUGACGACAGGGGAAAAUUCAUUUAUAUUUCACAAAGUGAACUAGAAUCGAUUGCAAAAUUCAUCAAGCAAAGAGGACGGGUGUCCAUUGCAGAAUUAGCUGAAUGCAGUAAUGAUUUGAUCAACUUGGCCCCUGUCACUGUGCCUUAAUUCAAAUACCUGUAAAUACUAUUUGUGUAAAGAAAUAUAAUUAUUCUGAACUUGA